AUGGAUAAAUUGCCCCGACUAGGACGCAAACCGAAACCCCCCGCCAUCGAGACGUCUGUCGAUCGCACAAGCAGCGACACCGGCGACAGCACCUUCAGCACCGAAAUCACAGCGCAGCCGCCGCCACAAAAGAACUCCAUGAGGAAAUCGCCUUUGCGAAACCUCAAGCUACGUGUCACUGCGAAGCGCGCAAGAACACACUCUCCCGCUGCGCUGCCAUCCAGCUCGCCCGUCGUCGCCGUCUUCAAGCAGGAUGGCAUAACACCACGGACAGCCAUGGAGGAGAGCCCUUCUGCCCUUGGGUCUUCGCGACCGGUUAUGCCGGCUUUUCUGGCCGCCCCUAUGCAAAAUGUCGACGCCAAGUUUCUGGAACUGACGUGGGCCGAGCGCAACCGAGUUGCCCAAGGCACGCGACCUGACGCUACCUCCGAUUCUCAAUGGAGCUCGUUUAAGCAGACCGACGGCGCUUCGAGGGGAGUAAUGGAUCGAUAUGUAAACAUCAAGCCGUGGAAUCACAACCGUGUAAAGCUCAAGGUUGCUGAAGAUGAAUUCGACUAUGUGAAUGCGUCGACCAUAAGCCUCGAUCCCUUAGGCGACAAGUCUCUACCACCCCUGCGAUAUAUUGCCAUGCAGGGCCCAACGGAGCCAUCGAUUGAUUGCGUUUGGAGAAUGGUUGCCGAGCAAACGUCAUCCCCAGCAGUCAUUGUCCAGCUUACAAGCAUGGAAGAAGGCGGCAUGACCAAAUGCAACCAGUACUUCCCUGCUAAUGCGGAGGAGCCAACUUGGGACCUGAACGAGGAUAAUGUUUGGAAUGACAACUGGAAAGCGCGGCUUACGUACGACUCAUUUGAAGACCUCGCGGAUGGCGCCAUCGAGAAGCGAAAACUCCUACUCCACGUCCAAGGAGAAGCUGAACCACGGGUUGUGUGGCACUUAUUGUACACCCGCUGGCCAGAUUACGGUGUUCCCUUAGUUCAAGACAUGGACAGCUUCUUUGAGUUGAUGCCCAUCUCACGCGAACUUAGCAAGCCGUCCAAUCCGCGAAUCAUUCACUGCAGCGCUGGUGUUGGGCGCACGGGGACUUUCAUUUCUCUGGAACACCUUAUGCGGGAGCUAGACGAAGGCACGUUGGAGGCCAACAGUGCAAAAGCCAAGAACAUACCCGACCCUAUCUACCAUACGGUCGAUACGCUCAGGCAACAGCGCCGCUGCAUGGUUCAAUCCGACUCUCAAUAUCGCUUCCUGCACGACGUGAUGAGGAAGCUGUGGCAGGAUAAGUACGGCAUUGCAUUGGACGGACACGACGCCGAUGGUACAGGGAACAGCGAGCCAGCGCCCAAGAGGCUAGAAGUCGCGGAUCCCUUGUCCGAAACUGACGAUUCCAACUCUGUGGGGGAAACGGGGCCGGGUGGUGCAGCGACGAAGCAACUUUGA